UUCGGCGCGGAUUGGAUCAGGCACUCAAGGGGGCAGCCCCGGAGGGCCGUCCCAGAAGCCCUCGCGCCGCCGGGGUCCUAGCAGUCAGCACCGCCUUCCGCCGCAUGUGCCUGCAACGCGAUGCCCAAAUCCAAGCGCGACAAGAAAGUUUCCUUAACCAAAACUGCCAAGAAAGGCUUAGAACUGAAACAGAACCUGAUAGAAGAGCUUCGGAAAUGUGUGGACACGUACAAGUACCUUUUCCUCUUCUCCGUGGCCAACAUGAGGAACAGCAAGCUGAAGGACAUCCGGAGCGCCUGGAAGCACAGCCGGAUGUUCUUUGGCAAAAACAAGGUGAUGAUGGUGGCCUUGGGUCGAAGCCCAGCUGACGAGUACAAAGACAACCUACAUCAGGUCAGCAAGAAGUUAAGGGGUGAGGUCGGUCUCCUUUUCACCAACCGCACCAAGGAGGAAGUGAAUGAGUGGUUUACGAAAUACGCGGAAAUGGACUUCGCUCGAGCCGGAAACAAAGCAACUUUCACUGUGACCCUGGACCCAGGGCCCCUGGAGCAGUUCCCCCACUCCAUGGAGCCACAGCUGAGGCAGCUGGGCCUGCCCACCGCCCUCAAGAGAGGUGUGGUGACCCUGCUGUCCGACCACGAGGUGUGCAAGGAGGGCGAUGUGCUGACCCCAGAGCAGGCCCGCGUGCUGAAGCUUUUCGGGUAUGAGAUGGCUGAAUUCAAGGUCACCAUCAAAUACAUGUGGGAUGCACAGUCCGGAAGUUUCCAGCAGAUGGGAGAUGACUUGCCCGAGAGUGCGUCCGAAUCAGCAGAAGAAUCAGAGGGGGAGGACGACAGCUGACGGACACUUGGCCGGACUGUGGGACCGCCAUCCCGCUGGCCGAACGGCAGGGAGGGCACGAGGGAUGGACUGCUUUUUUGUAAGCAAUAAAACUGUCUGCAGGGAGCUCCUGUGGACAGCAGAGAGGACUUUUUCUAGGAAAAAAGGCCUUUGCUUUGA